ACAAGGUGAAAAAUGGGUGACGCUGCCAUGAAAGAGUUUGGGGCAGCAGCCCCAUACCUAAGGAAGUCAGACAGGGAGCGUCUGGAGGCCCAGACCCGUCCCUUCGACAUGAAGAAGGAGUGCUUUGUUCCUGAUACUGACGAGGAGUACGUGAAGGCUUCCAUCAUUAGCCGUGAGGGGGAUAAAGUCACUGCUCAGACUGAGAAAGGGAAGACUGUCACAGUUAAGGAGUGUGAUGUACACCCUCAGAACCCGCCAAAGUUUGAUAAAAUUGAAGACAUGGCGAUGUUUACCUUCCUCCAUGAGCCCGCUGUGCUGUUCAACCUCAAAGAGCGUUACGCAGCAUGGAUGAUUUACACCUACUCUGGGCUGUUCUGUGUGACUGUCAACCCCUACAAGUGGCUGCCAGUCUACAACCAAGAAGUGGUUGUCGCCUACAGAGGAAAGAAGAGAAGUGAAGCUCCUCCUCAUAUCUUCUCCAUCUCUGACAAUGCCUACCAGUACAUGCUCACUGACAGAGAAAAUCAGUCAAUUCUCAUCACUGGAGAAUCUGGUGCUGGGAAAACUGUCAACACCAAGAGAGUCAUCCAGUACUUUGCCAGCAUUGCAGCUGGAGGUGGCAAGAAAGAUGUGGGCUCUGAGAAAAAGGGUACUCUGGAAGAUCAAAUCAUCCAGGCUAAUCCAGCUUUAGAGGCCUUUGGUAAUGCCAAGACUAUCAGAAAUGACAACUCUUCCAGAUUUGGCAAAUUUAUCCGAAUUCACUUUGCUGCCAGUGGAAAGCUGGCCUCAGCUGAUAUCGAAACAUAUCUGCUUGAAAAGUCCCGUGUCACCUUUCAACUUAAGGCUGAGAGAGAUUAUCACAUCUUCUAUCAGAUUCUGUCUCAGAAGAAACCUGAGCUGCUCGAGAUGUUGCUCAUCACCAACAACCCCUAUGACUACGCCUUCAUCUCUCAAGGAGAGACAACAGUAGCCUCUAUCAAUGAUUCUGAAGAGCUGAUGGCCACUGAUGAUGCCUUUGAUGUGCUUGGCUUCACUCAAGAAGAGAAGAACAGCAUUUACAAGCUGACUGGUGCCAUCAUGCACCAUGGUAACAUGAAGUUCAAGAACAAGCAACGUGAAGAGCAGGCAGAAGCCGAUGGCACUGAAGAUGCCGACAAAGUAGCUUACCUGAUGGGCUUAAACUCUGCUGACCUCAUCAAAGGGCUUUGUCACCCAAGAGUUAAAGUAGGAAAUGAAUGGGUCACCAAGGGACAAAAUGUCCAACAAGUGUACUAUGCUGUUGGUGCACUGUCAAAGGCAGUGUAUGAGAAAAUGUUUCUCUGGAUGGUGGUGAGAAUUAACCAGUCUCUGGACACCAAGCAGCCCCGCCAGUACUUCAUUGGUGUGCUGGACAUUGCUGGAUUUGAGAUCUUCGAUUUCAACACCUUUGAACAGCUGUGCAUCAACUUCACCAAUGAAAAACUGCAACAGUUUUUCAACCACCACAUGUUUGUGCUGGAGCAGGAAGAGUACAAGAAAGAGGGCAUUGAAUGGACUUUCAUAGAUUUUGGUAUGGAUUUGCAGGCCUGUAUUGACCUCAUUGAAAAGCCCAUGGGUAUCAUGUCCAUCCUUGAAGAGGAGUGCAUGUUCCCCAAAGCCACUGAUGCUACCUUUAAAGCUAAGCUCUAUGACAACCAUCUGGGGAAAUCCAACAACUUCCAGAAGCCCAGAAUUGUCAAAGGGAAACCAGAGGCUCAUUUUGCCCUGGGUCACUACGCUGGAACUGUUGAUUAUAAUAUCAACAACUGGCUGGUUAAGAACAAAGAUCCUUUGAAUGAGACUGUUGUAGGACUCUACCAGAAAUCUAAUCUCAAGAUGCUCUCUACCCUCUUUGCAAAUUAUGCUGGAACUGAUUCAGCUGAGGGUGGAAAAGGCAAAGGAGGAGGCAAGAAGAAGGGCUCAUCCUUCCAAACUGUGUCUGCCUUGCACAGGGAGAACCUGAAUAAACUGAUGACCAACUUGAGGUCCACUCACCCUCACUUUGUGCGCUGCAUCAUCCCCAAUGAGACCAAGACUCCUGGGGCCAUGGAGAAUCCUCUGGUGAUGCACCAGCUGCGCUGUAACGGUGUGCUGGAGGGCAUCAGGAUCUGCAGAAAGGGCUUCCCCAACAGGAUCCUCUAUGGAGAUUUCAAACAAAGAUAUCGCAUCCUGAAUCCUGCCGCCAUCCCCGAGGGUCAGUUCAUUGACAGCAGGAAGGGAGCUGAGAAACUUCUUGGGUCUCUGGAAAUUGAUCACAAUCAAUACAAGUUUGGACAUACCAAGGUGUUUUUCAAGGCUGGUCUUCUUGGGCAACUGGAGGAGAUGAGGGAUGACCGUUUGUCACUCAUUAUCACUGGAAUCCAAGCUAGAUCAAGAGGUCUGCUGGCAAGAGUGGAAUUCCAGAAGAUUGUUGAAAGAAGAGAUGCACUAUUGGUGAUCCAGUGGAACAUCCGUGCCUUCAUGGGGGUCAAGAAUUGGCCCUGGAUGAAGCUGUUCUUCAAGAUCAAGCCUCUGUUGAGAUCUGCAGAGGCAGAAAAGGAGAUGGCCAACAUGAAGGAAGAAUUCCUGAAGCUGAAAGAGGCUUAUGCAAAGUCUGAAGCUCGUAGGAAGGAGCUAGAGGAGAAAAUGGUUUCACUUCUCCAAGAGAAGAACGACCUGCAGCUCCAAGUCCAGGCUGAGCAAGAUAAUCUUGCAGAUGCUGAGGAAAGAUGUGAGGGGCUGAUCAAACACAAAAUUCAGAUGGAAGCAAAAAUCAAAGAGCUAUCAGAGAGACUCGAGGAUGAGGAAGAGAUGAAUGCUGAACUUACAGCAAAGAAGCGGAAAUUGGAAGAUGAGUGCUCUGAGUUAAAGAAAGACAUUGAUGACUUAGAGUUGACUCUGGCCAAAGUGGAGAAAGAGAAGCAUGCCACUGAGAACAAGGUGAAGAACCUGGUUGAGGAGAUGGCAGCUCUGGAUGAAAUCAUUGCCAAGUUGACCAAGGAAAAGAAAGCCUUACAGGAAGCUCAUCAGCAAACACUGGAUGACCUGCAGAGUGAAGAGGACAAAGUCAACACUCUGACCAAGGCCAAGGCCAAGCUGGAGCAGCAAGUAGAUGAUCUUGAAGGUUCUCUGGAACAAGAGAAGAAGAUUCGGAUGGAUCUUGAGAGAGCAAAGAGGAAGUUGGAGGGAGACCUGAAAUUGACACAAGAGAGCCUAAUGGACCUGGAGAAUGACAAGCAACAACUUGAAGAGCAUCUGAAAAAGAAAGACUUUGAGCUCAGUCAGCUGAAUAAUAAAAUAGAGGAUGAGCAGGCCAUUGCCAUUCAGCUUCAAAAGAAACUGAAAGAGCUUCAGGCCCGCAUUGAAGAGUUGGAGGAAGAGCUUGAGGCAGAGCGAGCUGCCCGAGCCAGGGUGGAGAAGCAGAGAGCAGACUUGGCCAGAGAGCUGGAGGAGAUCAGUGAGAGGCUGGAGGAAGCUGGUGGAGCAACAGCUGCCCAGAUUGAGAUGAACAAGAAGAGGGAGGCUGAGUUCCAGAAACUCCGCAGAGACCUUGAAGAGGCCACUCUGCAGCAUGAAGCCACCUCUGCCACACUCAGGAAGAAACAAGCUGACAGUGUUGCUGACCUGGGAGAGCAGAUUGACAACCUGCAGAGAGUCAAGCAGAAACUGGAGAAGGAGAAGAGUGAGCUCAAAUUAGAGCUGGAUGAUGUGGUUUCCAAUAUGGAACAUAUUGUGAAGACUAAGACAAAUCUGGAGAAGACAUGCAGAACUGUGGAAGAUCAGAUGAAUGAAUACAAGACCAAGUUUGAAGAAGCUCAACGCUGUAUCAAUGACUUCAAUAUGCAAAAAGCUAAGCUUCAAACAGAAAAUGGUGAGCUCUCAAGGCAACUGGAGGAGAAGGAUUCCCUGGUGUCUCAGCUGACAAGAGGGAAAAUGUCCUACAGUCAACAGAUUGAAGACUUAAGGAGACAACUAGAAGAGGAGACGAAGGCAAAGAGUGCUCUGGCCCAUGCAGUGCAGUCUUCUCGUCAUGACUGUGACCUGCUAAGGGAGCAGUAUGAGGAGGAGCAGGAGGCCAAGGCUGAACUGCAGCGCAGCAUGUCCAAGGCCAACUCUGAGGUGGCUCAGUGGAGAACUAAGUAUGAAACCGAUGCCAUCCAGAGGACAGAGGAGCUGGAAGAGGCCAAGAAAAAGCUGGCUCAGCGCCUGCAGGAGGCUGAGGAAGCUGUUGAAGCAGUGAAUGCUAAAUGCUCUUCGCUGGAGAAGACCAAACACAGACUGCAGAAUGAGAUUGAAGAUCUCAUGGUGGAUGUGGAGAGGUCUAAUGCUGCUGCUGCUGCUCUGGACAAGAAGCAAAGAAACUUUGACAAGGUCCUGUCUGAGUGGAAGCAGAAGUAUGAAGAGUCACAGUGUGAGCUGGAGAGCUCUCAGAAGGAAGCAAGGUCUCUGAGCACUGAGCUCUUCAAACUGAAGAACUCCUAUGAAGAAUCUCUUGAACAUCUGGAGACCUUGAAGAGAGAGAAUAAAACUUACAAGGUAAGUUUGUGCCAGGAGGAAAUAUCUGACCUCACUGAACAAAUUGGUGAGGGUGGAAAGAGUAUUCAUGAGCUUGAGAAGAUUCGAAAACAGCUGGAACAGGAGAAGUCAGAGAUACAAACAGCUCUGGAGGAGGCAGAGGCCUCACUGGAGCAUGAGGAAGGGAAGAUUCUCAGAAUGCAGCUAGAGUUCAAUCAGGUGAAGGCUGACAUUGAGCGCAAGCUGGCUGAGAAAGAUGAAGAGAUGGAGCAAGCAAAGAGAAACCAUCAGAGAAUGGUGGACACCCUGCAGAGCUCUCUUGAGGCCGAGACUCGCAGCAGGAAUGAGGCCCUCCGUUUGAAGAAGAAGAUGGAGGGAGACCUGAAUGAGAUGGAGAUCCAGCUUAGCCAGGCCAAUAGGCAGGCAGCUGAGGCCCAGAAACAACUGAAGGCUGUACACUCACAUCUAAAGGACUGCCAAAUUCAGUUAAAUGAGUCUGUUCGGGCCAAUGAUGAUAUGAAGGAAAACCUUGCCAUUGUUGAGAGACGUAACAACCUGCUUCAGGCUGAACUGGAGGAGCUCAGGGCUGCUCUGGAGCAAACUGAGAGAAGUCGCAAACUUGCUGAGCAAGAGCUUCUGGAUGUUAGUGAGAGGGUGCAGCUACUGCACUCACAGAAUACUAGCCUGAUAAACCAGAAGAAGAAACUGGAAGCUGAUACAUCCCAGCUUCAGACAGAAGUAGAAGAUGCGGUGCAGGAGUGCAGAAAUGCAGAGGAAAAGGCCAAGAAGGCCAUCACUGAUGCUGCCAUGAUGGCAGAGGAGCUGAAGAAAGAGCAGGACACCAGCGCUCACCUGGAGCGUAUGAAGAAGAACAUGGAGCAAACCAUCAAAGAUCUGCAGCACCGUCUGGAUGAAGCUGAACAGAUCGCCAUGAAGGGAGGCAAGAAGCAGGUGCAGAAGCUUGAGGCCAGGAUCAGAGAACUAGAAAGUGAAGUCGAGGCUGAACAAAGAAAGUCCAGCGAAUCUGUCAAGGGAAUACGAAAAUAUGAGAGAAGAAUCAAGGAGCUGACCUAUCAGACAGAGGAAGAUCGUAAGAAUCUUGCCCGUCUGCAAGAUCUGGUAGACAAGCUGCAGCUAAAGGUCAAAUCCUACAAGAAAGCUGCAGAGGAGGCAGAGGAACAGGCCAACAAUAAUCUGACCAAGUUCCGUAAAAUACAACAUGAGCUGGAUGAGGCUGAAGAGAGAGCUGAUAUCGCUGAGUCUCAGGUCAACAAGCUACGUGCCAAGAGUCGUGAUGUGGGGUCAAAGAAAGGACACGAUGAGGAGUAAAACUCAAGGAAUAAAUUCUGAGGCACCUGAUUACUGAAUAAUCGUCUCUCCCUAAGCAUGUUGAUUGUUCAGUAGAAUAAAAUUAAUUUGCGUCUUGAA